GGUUUCGAAACAAUGACAGGAUGGUCAAUGAUAGCUAAUGAUUUUGCAAAAAAACCACAAAGAAAGAUAGCUCCGGACGGGUUUUGGGUGGAUCUUGAGCCGAAUUCAAAAGGGUCCGUUUUGAAAAGCGAACUCGAUUUCCAGCUCAGGAGCCGUUUACAUAAGUUUCUGGACUCGUUUUUCAAAGAGAUUUGUGGGUUAGAUGGUUGUUUAUGGAUUCUACCUCCAAUGCUUGGAAAUGGGCAGUUUGUAGAUUUGCUUAAACUGUUUUUAUCUGUGAGUGAGAAAGGUGGGUAUGGUGUUGUUUCUGAAAAUGGGUUGUGGGAUUUGGUCGCUCAAGAGUUUGGGUUUGGAUUGAACCUUGCCCCGACUGUGAAAUUGGUUUAUAGUAAGUACUUAGAUUCCUUGGAGAGGUGGUUAGAGAGGCUUCUUGUUGAUGGUAUAGGAUUGAACGCUGAGUUGAGUGAUAGGGGGGGUUAAUGUGGGUGGGGCUUUGAUGGAAUUAGGGGCGGAGUUUAAAGGGUUGUUAUCUGAAAUGCCAGAGAAUGAGUUUUUGGAAUUGAAUUCGGAGUUGAAUGUGAAUGCUGAGGUGGAGUCUUAUGAGAGUGAGAAGUUUGCCGAGGAUGAAGAAUCAUUGCAUAUAGACUCAACUAAGAGUGGUGUUGAUUUUGUGGAAGUUGGGGAAUCAGGUGAUAAUGUAGUAAAGAGUUUCAUGAUGGACGGUUCUUUUUCUAACGAGGAUGUAAAAGGCAAGGAUGUUGAUGAAAAUUUGAUAUCUGAUUCAAGGAAAAGUGAGAAAGUGGAAAAUGAGGAUGAGGUGAAGAGCGUGGUGGUGGUGGAAACUGAUGGAGAUGAGGAAGGAAAUAAGGGUGAUAACAGUGAGAUUGAGGAACUGGAUUUAGCAACUUUUGAGGAAUCUGUUUCUAGUCAUAAGAGGAAACGGGAUUCCAUUUAUAGGAUGCUGAACUGGGUUACUGAGAUUGCAAAGGAUCCAUGUGAUCCCGUGGUUGGAUCCUUACCUGAGUGGUCAAAGUGGAAAAGUUAUGGGAAUGAGGAAUGCUGGAAGCAGGUUUUGGUGACCCGGGAAUCGAUGUUUCUGAAAAGAAAUGCUGAUUCAACUUCAAGUGCAGAGGGGUUUGUUAAGCAGAAAUAUCAGAAGAUGCAUCCAUGUAUGUAUGAUGACCAUGCUGGAUCUAGUUACAAUCUUAGAGAGAGGUUAAAAUGUAGAAAGCUUUUUCCUGGGGAAACAUCGUCUCAAGCACUUGUUUGCUCACAGUCAUCUUCUGCAGCCACCCAAACUGAUUCAGAUUCUUGCAUGGAAGGGGUUUAUGAUGGUGAUUCUUCAACUGAAUGUUCAGUGCUUGACCUGCCAAUUACAAAGAGAAUUCCUGUGGGGCCAGUUUUUCAGGCUGAAGUACCAGAAUGGACCAUGCCGGCUUGUGAAAGUGACUCAAAGUGGCUCGGGACUCGGGUUUGGCCACUUGAAACUUCAAUUAACAAAUUUGUUAUUGAAAGGGAACCUAUCGGUAAGGGAAGGUCAGAUUCCUGCGGUUGCCAAGUGCCAAAAUCUAUCAAAUGUGUCAGAUUUCACAUUACUGAGCGAAGGUUGAGAGUGAUGCGUGAAUUGGGGGAGGCUUUUAAUCAAUGGAGAUUUGAUAAGAUGGGUGAAGAAGUAAAACACUCCUGGGCGGUGGAAGAUCGAAAGAAGUUUGGAGCUAUAGUGAGGUCAAAUCCUCUAUCUCUUGAUAAGUGUUUUUGGGACGAGAUAUUCCGAUGUUUCCCAAGUAGGAGAAGGGAAGAUCUGGUGAGCUAUUACUACAAUGUAUUUCUUUUGCAGCGCAGAGCAAACCAGAAUAGGUCCACUCCAGACAGCAUCAAUAGUGAUGAUGAUGAAUCAGAAUGUGAAUUAGUAAACUAUGGCUCUAGGCGCGAGGCAGUCAAUUCACCAGGCUCCCUCUUAUCAGCAAAGAAGCAACAUAAAUAUGUUAAAUAGUGUCUGAUCAGGUUGAUGCCUAACUGAGAUAUAGAAUCUGGCAGUUUCUCUCUCUCUCUCUCUCCCAGAAUUUUUGGCUAUUUGGCAAUUUUGCAUGGCUACCACAGAAUUUUCAGUGCUUUUGAAAAGCAGAAGUGUAGCGAUUCAAGUCUCUGCUUUAGCGGGUAGCUAGAGGAGAAAAUUGAUGACAGCUAUUGUUGUGGGAGCAGCAAACUGUAAGGGCUCAACCAGCCAAAUUGAUUUUCAAGUGCUUUUGCUUCAUUUCUUAUGGUUUUUGAGGUAUACUUCUUGUUCAUCCAUAUAUUUCUACAUCGAUUUCAGGUAUUUUCACUUUGCAAACCCAUUUUCUUUUUAAGCUGUUUGAUGAUAGGGCUGGCUUCAAUAGGAACAUUAGGAAUACCGUGAAAUGUCAACUCGGUAGUUAGAUGGAGAUGAAUAGAAGAAAAGUGUAUACUGUGAUUCAAUUCUAGUCUCUCAUCUAUUUUUGUAACAUGCACUUGAUAUAAUUGAUUUUAAACAUGUAUGGAAACUAGUCUUGCCUCAGGCAUUUGCA